UUAACAAGAGAUGAGAGGCGGAAGAGACAGGGGUUAAUAGAGAAAGAUGAGGGAAAUUAGUCAUUGUGUUUAAGGCAGAAAAUACAACAUUGACUGGAAUGUUUAAUUAGUUUCAACCGCCUGAUCUCCAUCUCAAAGAAAGGAUGACUGCUAAGAUAGCCGAUGAAGUGUCUAUGUCUCUCAGCGGAAUUGUAGACAGUUUUCCUAAAGAUGUGUACGCAGCGGAAAGGGAGAUGCCUUCACAGAUUGUUUUUAAACAAGAGGCUGUAGGUGAGGACGAACAUGAAAGGAAACCUCCUCUGGAUGAAAGUGGUGAUCUUCUGUUCGAGGAUAGGAGUCCAACUGAUCUGCUUCUCCACGGAGACUUGGCACAGUACGUGGCAACUUUACGCACACACCCUGUGGCGUUCAGCGGGAAGUUCUCGGUGGACUCCAGAGGCGCAGGUGGACCGUGGACACCGGGGGACAUCAUCAACGUGGUCAGUGCUGACAUCGCCACCCCGGGGCCCGUGACCGAGUCCGAAUCUGCUUCAGCAUCUCCAGAUCUCUACGCAGCAGGUGAAAGCGGAGGAGGAGUAGACGCAGCGGACGCGGGGGAAGGCACCAUGGCGCACGGUCAGCCCGACAUCAGCCACAUGUACGCGCCUCCUCAUCCUCACCCUCACCCCCAUCCCCAUCCUCACUCUCACCCAGCAACCUCCUACUCAUGCAGCGGGGACAUAUACCAGGACCAAUCAGCAGGGGGAUACCUGGCUACGUCCACCUGCGCCAUGUCCUACCACGCGUCGCCGUCCUACAGCUCCGUACCCAAACCAACAGUUGACGGCGCCGCACUUCUGUCACUCAUGCCUGAGUACGGAGGCUUCUACCAGCAGAGCUGCCAGAGAGACAUCCAGACGGCUUUCCCGGAGAGGAAAUCCCUCCCGUACCCACUGGACUCCCUCAGGGUUCCCCCUCCUCUUACGCCUCUCAACACUAUCAGGAACUUUACGCUCGGUGCGCCCUCGCCUGCGACAGAAGGCCCGAUGGCUGCAGCUUUUCCAGGCCACCAAAACCUCCCUCUCAGGCCCAUCCUAAGACCAAGAAAGUACCCGAACCGGCCAAGUAAGACACCAGUCCACCAGAGGCCGUACCCGUGCCCUGCAGAGAGCUGUGACCGCCGAUUCUCCAGGUCGGACGAGCUGAGCCGGCACCUGCGCAUCCACACCGGCCACAAACCUUUUCAGUGCCGCAUCUGCAUGAGGAACUUCAGCCGCAGCGAUCACCUAACCACCCACAUCCGCACGCACACCGGGGAAAAACCCUUCUCGUGCGACCAGUGUGGGAGAAAGUUCGCGCGGAGUGACGAGAGGAGGAGGCACAUGAAGAUUCAUCUCAGACAGAAGGAGAAAAAGUCCUCUGCAUCCUAAUCCAGCGUGCUUGGCCUGAAACAGAACACAAGCUCUAUCAGCUCCUAAAACAUCCUGCCUGCCAAGUGCCAACACAGCUCACAGUUUAUCCCACAGUCUGUUGAUCUCACAAAGAACAUGAAACAAAUCUCUUUGGAAGCCAUAUUUGAAAAGAAAUCAGGGAGUAUCCGAGUUUCGAAUGAUGUGAUGUGAUUCAUUAUUUUUUAACAGAAGCUAAACAAUAUUAAUCACUCAUCAGUCACGUGAUCAUUAAUUAAAAAAAACAUCUCCACUCUCCAAUAACAAAGUCAUCUAGUAAAAUAGAGUAUUUUGGGGGUUGAAGUGACUGAAAAGUAAAAGUAAAAGUGUGGUUCACCUAAUUCACUGUUUGGUGAUUUUAGUAGGUGAACAGUUUCUGAAUGUGUGCCUCAAUGUGCUCACCUGCUACAGCCUGCUUCAGCUCUGUGGCAAGGCAUUAUUGUGUCUUUAGUCUAUGCUUCAUGAUCUCAGGGAUUCAGUCACAAUUCAGGCUGCAAAGACGAAACCAAAUUCCUGCAAGUCAGCAAAGUGGUUCAGGGGAGUUUACUGCUGCUGCUCUGCCUCCAGCUUAGUGCAGUUUGGUUUCAGAUGCAAAACUUUUUAAUCUAAAAAAAACAAAAACAAUACACGUAUAGUCAAGAAGUUAUCAGGGGGAACGUUUGGAUGAAACAAAAAUAAUAUUUUCUUGAAAAACUUUGAAUUAUAAUAGACAACACAAAUAAAUUUAGUUUUUAAGGAUUGACAAGAGACAUAUACACAGCCUUGUAUUUUUGCAAUGCCACACAUUCUUUCUUCUUUUUUUUCAAAUGAUCAUUUAUAUGUGUGAGCACUAAAAUAAGUCACCAUGCAACAAGUUGAUAGAAAUAGAAAAAGAUGCAAAACUACUGUAAUUACAUCCACUGGUUUAGUAUAACUCUGUCUGUUUCACAAAAAAAAAUAUUUUUGGACAAUUUUUGACAAGUGUGGGAGAGUAGUGAUGUCAGAGUACACCUCUGACAUCACAAAUCAGGACGGGGCUUAAGUGGGAAACUUUAUUGUAAGAUGCAGCAAAAUUGAGCUUUUUUUAAAAACCUGGUUUUGUAUCCUAUUUGAAAUGUAAAAAAAUAUAAUGAUAUGUUUGUUUACUGCACUCGAUAAACAGUUUGUUUUAGAGCUCGGUAACCUUGUUGGAAUUUGAUGAGACUGUAGCCUAAUAAUCUGUUUCUUUCUGGUUACAUUUUUGCUAUUUUUGGCUGCUUUCAGGAGUGUUUUGACUUUUUGAUCCGAUCAGCUUUUUCUUCCUGAUGAAUGUGAGAGAAAGCAAGAGAUAGAAAGUUGUGUUUUUUGUUUUAUCAUUUUUAUGCAAUCAAGUCGAGCACUAAAGCUUUUAUUCUGCUGGACUGAUGCUUCUUGUCGAUGCAAAUAAAUGUUGACUUGUCGAGUUGUUGUUGCCUGCCUGCCUUUAUCGAUGCUACAAUACAAUAUCAACUCUGUGUCUAUUUUAUGUUCCUGCUGGAGUUUUAUAAAUCAUGACAGAUAAUCUCUCAGAGCACGUUUACUCUGUUGGCAGAGAAUUUAAGAUGUUAAAAUUUUCCUUUUCUUCUCAUGAAAAUGUGUUCAGUCCCAAACAGAACUCCAUUAAAUAAAAAGAUUUUGUUGACCCCU